AUGGCUGCGGUUAUCAAAGCUCUCAAUGCCAAGAUUCGGUCAAACCCGACGACGAACUAUAUUUGCUCUACCCAUUUCUGGGGGCCCGUCUCCAACUUUGGUAUUCCCGUCGCAGCCGUCAUGGAUACGCAGAAGAGCCCCGACCUCAUUUCCGGCGGCAUGACUGGUGCCCUCAUCAUCUACUCUGCGACAUUUAUGCGCUACUCCCUCGCCGUCACCCCCCAAAACUAUCUCCUCUUCGCCUGCCACCUUGUCAACGAGGGCGCGCAGCUGACACAGGGCUACCGAUUCCUUUCAUACCACAACUGGGGUGGUAAGGAGGCUCUUGAGGCCGCCAAAGCCCAGGCCGCCAAGGUGGAGGACAAGGCCAAGGCUGUCGUGGGCAAAUAA